AUGUUCCUUGCAAAUGGGGCAUCAUUUCAAAGAUGACCUGGAAUCUUCUGGUCACACACUGCUGUGGGACGGCAUUUCACUACCCUUAAGACUUGUUUUACUGUUCCUGCUACGAAUGCAUGUUCCUUGCAAAUGGGGCAUCAUUUCAAAGAGAUGACCUGGAACCUUCCGGUCACACACUGUUGUGGGACGACAUUUCACUACCACUUAAGACUUGUUUUACUGUUCCUGCCAUGAAUGUAUGUUCCUUGCAAAUGGGGCAUAAUUUCAAAGAGAUGAUCCGGAACCUUCUGGUCACACACUGCUGUGGGACGGCAUUUCACUACCCUUAAGACAUGUUUUACUGUUCCUGCUACGAAUGCAUGUUCCUUGCAAACGGGGCAUCAUUUCAAAGGUAACAAUUGCAUGCAUGUUAUGGAAUCUUCUGGUCACACACUGCUGUGGGACGGCAUUUCACUACCCUUAAGACAUGUUCCUUGCAAAUGGGGCAUCAUUUCAAAGGUAACAAUUACAUGCAUGUUAUUUUUUUUGGUUGCAUAGAUGACCUGGAACCUUCCGGUCACACACUGUUGUGGGACGACAUUUCACUACCCUUAAGACAUGUUUUACUGUUCCUGCUACGAAUGUAUGUUCCUUGCAAACGGGGCAUCAUUUCAAAGGUAACAAUUGCAUGCAUGUUAUGGAACCUUCUGGUCACACACUGCUGUGGGACGGCAUUUCACUACCCAUAAGACAUGUUCCUUGCAAAUGGGGCAUCAUUUCAAAGGUAACAAUUGCAUGCAUGUUAUUUUUUUGGUUGCAUAGAUGAUCUGGAACCUUCUGGUCACACACUGCUGUGGGACGGCAUUUCACUACCAUUAAGAUAUGUUCCUUGCAAAUGGGGUAUCAUUUCAAAGGUAACAUUUGCAUGCAUGUUAGUUUUUUUGGUUGCAGAGAUGACCUGGAACCUUCUGGUCACACACCGCUGUGGGACGGCAUUUCACUACCCUUAAGACUAGUUCCUUGCAAAUGGGGCAUCAUUUCAAAGGUAACAAUUGCAUGCAUGUUAGUUUUUUGGUUGCAUAGAUGAUCUGGAACCUUCUGGUCACACACUGCUGUGGGACGGCAUUUCACUACUCUUACGACCUGUUUUACUGUUCCUGCUACGAAUGCAUGUUCCUUGCAAGUGGGACAUCAUUUCAAAGGUAACAAUUGUAUGCAUGUUAUGGAACCUUCUGGUCACACACUGCUGUGGGACGACAUUUCACUACCCUUAAGACUUGUUUUACUGUCCCUGCUACGAAUGUAUGUUCCUUCGCAAAUGGGGCAUAAUUUCAAAGGUAACAAUUGCAUGCAUGUUAUGGAACCUUCUGGUCACACACUGCUGUGGGACGGCAUUUCACUACCCUUAAGAUAUGUUCCUUGCAAAUGGGAUAUAAUUUCAAAGGUAACAAUAUGAUGCAUGUUAUUUUUUGGUUGCAGAGAUGACCUGGAACCUUCUGGUCACACACUGCUGUGGGACGGCAUGUUCCUUGCAAAUAGGGCAUCAUUUUAAAGGUAACAAAAUGAUGCAUGUCAUUUUUUGGUUGCAGAGAUGACCUGGAACCUUCUGGUCACACACUGCUGUGGGACGGCAUUUCACUACCCUUAAGACAUGUUCCUUGCAAAUGGGGUAUCAUUUCAAAGGUAACAAUUGCAUGCAUGUUAUUUUUUUUGGUUGCAUAGAUGACCUGGAACCUUCUGGCCACACACUGCUGUGGGACGGCAUGUCGCUACCCUUAAGACAUGUUCCUUGCAAAUGGGGCAUCAUUUCAAAGGUAACAAUAUGAUGCAUUUUUUUGGUUGCAGAGAUGAUCUGGAACUUUCUGGUCACACACUGCUGUGGGACGGCAUUUCACUACCCUUAAGAUAUGUUCCUUGCAAAUGGGAUAUCAUUUCAAAGUUAACAAUUGCAUGCAUGUUAUUUUUUUUGGUUGCAGAGAUGAUCUGGAACCUUCUGGUCACACACCGCUGUGGGACGGCAUUUCACUACUUUAAGACAUGUUCCUUGCAAAUGGGGCAUCAUUUCAAAGGUAACAAUAUGAUGCAUUUUUUGGUUGCAUAGAUGACCUGGAACCUUCUGGUCACACACCGCUGUGGGACGGCAUGUUCCUUGCAAAUAGGGCAUCAUGUCAAAGCAUCAAGUGCUCCACUCCAUGAUGUCUGUUCUACCUCCAGUUUUAUCAGAUGGUUUAAAGUGGAGAAGAAACCAGUUUUGUCUCCUGCUUCAUCUGUGAACCCUUUGGACUUUGGUGAUUGAAGGCUUCCUCCAUGUUCUCCACCACCUCCAUGCAGCAUUCCAGGUCGGCAUACUCGAUGCGCAUGGACUCGGCUUUGGACGGGCUGAACGUCAGAUAGGAGGCCAACUCCGGCCCGGCGUGGAUCUUCACCUCGUCGCAGAAAUACUUUCUCGGUGUGGAGUGUCGCAAUGAUCUGGUCGAAAAGCGGCGUUCUGAGGAUGUCACGGUGGAUCAGGAGCGUUUCCAUGGAAUUGCACGCAGACGGGUAUUCACACUUGGCGUCUCGGACUGGAAGAGAUGAAAUAAUGACGCGAAGACGUGACAGAUGCCGUCGGUGUGACCCAGCACCGGGAUGCCCUUGGCGGAUCGCUGGAUUUUUCGGACUAGCCUGGAGGAUCCGCAAGCUGCACAGCCUCUGUGACGCCAUGCAUGGAGAGAACUUCCUGAGUGAGCUGAUGGAGGACACGGAUGGUGUUUGCCGCCUCUUUGCCGCCCUUCAGCAGCAGCGCGUUCCCACUGGCGAUGGCCAACGCUGAUAACUGUGGAGAGGAACACACCAUAUUUCUUUCUUGGAGCUUCUGGCCAACAGCAACAAGCAGAAGUCCAGAUUGGUCACCAGAACCUGAGAGAUGCUAUACUGGGUGAACAUGGCCUCGUACAGCGCCAUCAAUCCACUCUGGCCCGCCGCUGCACAGGCUCGGGCCUCCAGCACCGGGCCUGACGGACGCUCUGAGACAGCAGGAUUUCGUGUCGGAGUCGCUGCUUGCCAAAGGCUACCGCUCCACUGGUGACGAUCAUCAUUUCACGGCCUUGGUUGUGCAGCACGGCCACCUCGGUGACAUGGAACACAAGCGUCAGUCAAAACUGGAUGGAAAAAAACUGGAGUCUUCAGUUCUGAUGUGGUCACCCCAGGAGGAAUAUUUACGAGCUUUCCGUUGGAUCCUUGAACACAUCCUCCAGAGCAGCAUCCUCACUUUCAGGAACCUUGUUGACAUCUUCAUGGUGGUCUUCGGUUCCAACACAAGACUCUGGACUAAACAACCCCUCCUGGACCUCCUGAUGGACCAUUGUGGUGGACUCUGGUAAUCUCUGACUAAGGAAGCGUCGGAGGAGGCGUUUGGCUUGCAAAUAUUUCUCCGAGUACUCUAACUCGGUUGAUGUGGACCUGGUACACAACACAAGCAUUGGAUUAUGAUGCGUUAAUCCAAAAAACAGGAAGUGGUCGCUAACCUUUGCGGGCGACACACGCCGAGACUGUGCCAGUGAGCCGAGUAUCUCUGUCCGCUCUCCCAGUCCUCCUCCAUAACGCUGCAGUCCAAUUCCGCUCCACCAACACGAUUCAUUCUUAGCGCCUCUGUCAAGAACUACUUCUUUAAAUCCAAACCAUCAGUAGUUAAUCUUAGUUAAUCUAAUUUAACAACAAUGGUAAAGCACAGCAAUGAAAAAGUAACACAAGUGAGUAAAACUUACUUCUGCGUCGGCGCGUCCGCCUUGUCAGAAUGCGACCGUAUGAGAAUCGGCCAGCGAGGGUGGACAAGAGGAUUAGUGCCCGUGUUUACAUAGUUGUGUGUCUGCAGUUAUUUCGGUUCCAUGCCGGUUGGUGUGAGAUGGAAUCAAACCGCUCCCCUCAAUAUGUUAACAAUUUAAACGCCUCACAUAAAAACAUUUUUAUAUUUUAUUUUAUAUAUUUUAUUAAGGGACAAUACUAUAGAGGGGCGGCACGGUGGUCGAGUGGUUAGCACGCAGACCUCACAGCUAGGAGACCAGGGUUCAAUUCCAUCCUCGGGUAUCUCUGUGUGGAGUUUGCAUGUUCUCCCCGUGCAUGCAUGGGUUUUUUUUCGGGUACUCCGGUUUCCUCCCACAUUCCAAAAACAUGCUAGGUUAAUUAGCGACUCCAAAUUGUCCAUAUGUAGACUAAUAAUAGGCUAUAGUAAACCACAAGACAGCGAUCAAUUAAUUAAUUUAUGAAAUUUUCUAACUUAAUGAGUGAGCGCGCAGGCCACACAGCUAGGAGACCAGGGUUCAAUUCCACCCUCGGCCAUCUCUGUGUGGAAUUUCCAUGUUCUUCCCCGUACUCCGGUUUCCUCCCACAUUCCAAAAACAUGCUAGGUUAAUUAGCGACUCCAAAUUGUCCAUAGGUAUGAAUGUGAGUGUGAAUGGUUGUUUGUCUAUAUGUGCUCUGUGAUUGGCUGGCCACCAGUCCAGGGUGUACCCCGCCUCUCGCCUAAAGAAGACAGCUGGGAUAGGCUCCAUCACCCUCGCCACCCUUGUGAGGAAAAAGCGUAAGAAAAUUAAUGAUUGAAUGAAUUGUGGAAAACAUGGCUGCACGGUGGAGAAGUGGUUUGCGUUCAGGCCUCACAGCUAGGAGACCCGAGUUCGAGUCCACUCUCUGUGUGGAGUUUGCAUGUUCUCCCCGUGCAUGCAUGGGUUUUUUUUUCGGGUACUCCGGUUUCCUCCCACAUUCCAAAAACAUGCUAGGUUAAUUAGCGACUCCAAAUUGUCCAUAGGUAGACUAAUAAUAGGCUAUAGUAAACCACAAGACAGCGAUCAAUUAAUUAAUUUAUGAAAUUUUGAAACUUAAUGAGUGAGCGCGCAGGCCACACAGCUAGGAGACCAGGGUUCAAUUCCACCCUCGGCCAUCUCUGUGGAGUUUCCAUGUUCUUCCCCAUACUCCGGUCCAGUAUAAACAAGCUAGUGGUCUUGGAGAAGGAUGUGUUCGUGUGGACAGGCAAAGGCAAACCUGUAUGGAUCAUGAAGAUAGGGACCUGCAGAGACCUGAACAGCAACGAGUAGUCCAUUAGUGUUAGCUAAAAGCCCUCUAAUCUUAUGGCAUCAGCACUUGAGGGCAGAGAAAGAAAGCAAUCAGGACACCAUAGCCCAAACCAGCAUGCAGGCGCACCCGCGCAUCUGACUAUAUAAGGAGUCUCCAAAAGGACAGCGAUGCACCUGGAAGCUUGGAGGCCAACUGAAGAGAGACAAUGGAAGAGAAGACUACAGAAAACGGAGUGGCAGCCAUGGCCGCCUGCUACCAGCACUUUGACCCGGUGGCGUACCUGCAGUACAAUUACACUCCGCCACGGGCUGACUUUGACAGGAAGGACAGUAUUGUGCCGUGGAAACUGGCGUGCUUGCAUCGAGCCUUCACAGAAGGUGAUGUGGGUGGCAAGCUGCUGGUGGACAUCGGAUCGGGUCCCACCCUGUACCAGGUGCUGAGCGGCUGCGAGGUCUUCAACCAAGUGGUCCUCACAGACUUCCUGGAGGUCAACCGCAAGGAGCUGAGGCGCUGGCUGCAAGGCGAGGAAGGCUGCGGCCUGGACUGGACGCCUUACCUGCAGCAUGUGUGCAAGCUGGAGGGUCGACGGCCUUCAGAAUGGGCAGAGAAGGCCGCAAAGCUGCGCCAGGCCAUCACCGACAUUCUCCCCGUCGACGUGCACCGUCCCCAACCUCUGGAACCUCACGUCCUCCCACCUGCCGGGGCCGACUGCCUGGUGUCCUGCUUCUGCCUGGAAAGCGUGAGCCCCAACUUGGCCGCCUUCACUAAGGCUCUGGGCCACAUUCAGAAGCUGCUACGUCCGGGCGGCCAUCUCCUGCUCAUCGGUGCCCUGGGGGAGAGCUUCUAUUUUGGGGGACCCGGAGUGAAAAUCCCUGUGGUCCCUCUGGAUGAAGCGGAGGUGUGUGCCAGUUUGAAGGAGAGCGGUUACACCCUUAUCAGGCUGGAGGUGUACACUCUGCCUCAGGACAUGAGAGUGGGGGUGGAUGAUGUCACCGGGGUGUUUUUUGCCAAGGCGAGGAAGGACUAACAGUGGACUCGUGUAUAAAAAUGGACAAGGACGGGAGACGGCAGCUGGUGUUUGAACGUGGAUAAACAGCUCCCCCUGCUGUCUGAACGACGCCAUUACAGCACAUCCACUUGAUCACAGAUAAGGCUUUAAAAAUAAAUCCUAAUAUAAUUUUUAUUUAGUCCAGAGUACAUUAAAUAUAUAAAUAAUAUAUUACACACAUAUUAAUAAUAUUACAGUAUAUUGUAAUUUGUUUAAAAAUAAAAAAUAACAUUAAAAAAUAUUUAUUGAAAAAUGAUACUAUAUCAGGUGUCACAUACCUUAUUAAUUUUUUUCAGGCAUAUGCCUUUUUACUUUUUUUUUGUUUCUUUACAUUAAUAUAUUAAGCUUUGUUUGCCAUAUUUUGGGGUUGUAUUAAAUAUAUGUUUUUUGAUGCAAAUGUAUCCAUAUUAGUUACAAUAAACCUACCAUUAAAGUUAUCUACUCUUCAUAACUUUGUAGGGGGGGUCAACUUACAAAAUUAUAUUUAUUAUUUGUUUAAAUUUCAAGUACCCUCAGAGGUACUAGGAUAUAUGUAUUUUUCAUAAAAUAUUUCCAAUGUAAUGUAGAAAAAAAUGGAUAUAUUAAAAUAUAUCAGUAAAAAAAGCCAAAAACCAAGAGCCACAAAUGGCCCCCAGGGCCUCAUUUUGGACAAAAAUAUUCUAUUAAAGUAACUUUUUGAAAGAAUGGCACCAUACUUAUAUGGCAUAUAUGUAAAUAUAUUAUAUAGAGACAAAUGACACAUAGUAUACACAUUAAAAGCAUUACAUUCACCAUCAUUUACAAUACGUACACUGUAGUGCACUUUGUUCUUUAUACAAUUGCUGGCCCUUGUCGUAUUUACAUCACAACCAUGCACACACACACACACACACACAAACGACCACGUCAUUGUCCUUCGUCUUUCACGUUGGCAUCCUCCGUUUUUCCCUGAUGCCAGCUGACCUUUGCCGGACUCAAAGACUCCAAAGACUUGUUUUUUAUUCUCCGAUCUACCAAGACAUAUCAUAUUUAAUGAAGUAAUUAAGAGGAUAAAUAUGAAAAAUGUAUUUUCUGUACCGUUUUCUGUACCGUCGUCCUCUCCGGAAGGUGGGUCAUCCUGGUCCACCGAGGUCAUGUCUAUGGAGGACAGGUGCGCUUGAGCCAUUCUCUGCACAGCUGAAAUGCAAAAUGAAGUAUAGGCUCGGUUCCUUGUAUUGCAUGUCCAGUUCCUGUAGGUCAGGGAAUGUUCUAAGGCCAGUCCAGGGGGCCAUUUGUGGCCCCCGGGAACACAUAACAACACAUCAGUAUCCACUACAAAUUUUUCCACAUACUGAAAACUAAAAGGUUACUGUUGAUUAGUAGUUUUCUUCUUCAAGGGAUUAUUAUGUUAUGUUUUUUCCACUUUUUUGACCUAUAAAUGUAAUAAAAUGUUGUAUUCUCGUGUUAAACGAUGCCAAAGUUUCAGAUAAUUAAAUUUUCGCAUUUGGAAGUGAGCCUUGAAAAAAAUUUGGUACGGCUCAAAACGCUCAGUUUCAAAAGGCGUGGUAAAACUGCCCAUUUGUGAUGUCACAGAGAGGCGGAUGUCCUU